GUAAAAGUCAGCGUGCGCUAUGCGUUGAAAGUUGCGCAAUCUCAAAUGAGGAUAAAAGACACUUGAGACUAAUAUCGCUUUAAGGAUUUACCUGCAUUAUGCAUCGUAAAAAUGCACUUUGCGGAUGCAAACAUUUUCAGAUCUGGUGUCAGUUUUGAUGGUGUUCGUGUGGCUGGCCGGAGACCCCGUAUCGCCCCUCAGUCCUAUCUGUGACCUGCGUGUUCUGGACCACUUUGUUCGAGAAGCUCGGGACUCUGAGGUCAUCAUGCGGGGUUGCAGAGGGGGCUGUGGUGUGACGAAAUCCUACUUUGUUCCCUUGACUAGCGUCAACUUUGCUGUUUGGGAGCAAACAGAUGUUCAGGGGCAGGCUGAAGAAGUGCAGACUGGGCUAUCAUUGCUUGUCCAGGCACUGGGUGCAGCGAGAAGCACAGUGAGCAGCUCACCUCUGGCCAGCGCGCUGGAUAACAACAUCAGUAACAUGCACAGCCUUGGCCAGAUCCUGCACAGUGUACACUUACAGGGCAAGUCCGCGGCUCUUCCGGACGAUUCGUCUCCUGCAGGCAUCCAGACGCAGGAGGUCUCGACCCUCCCAGAACUUCUGCAGGUGCAGAGCAGUUUCCUGCGAGGCAAAGUCAGACUCUUGCUCUCAGCUGCACCCGCCUGCCAAAAGCAAAACGGCUGAGAUGAACUCCGAGGACCUCAUAAACAGUUAACGACUGCCGUGAAGUCACGUAUACACACCAACUUGCCCGGACAAACUCGCUUGAUUGCGAGGCGUUCUUCAAAGACACUACCGAAUCGUAAAUCUAAAGCGUUCCUGUAGCUCAACUAGGAGAGCUGGGGUCAUGGUUUUGAUUCCUGGGACUCGGAAAACAAGUCCUCUGGAUGUUGUCUAGCUCUGCAUUUAAAGCAUGCUGUCAGGUAUUAAGCGCAGAGCUGGUGUGCACAGAGAAUGUGUAUGCUGCUGUAGGGCGUGAAGCAAAACUGCAUUGACACCCUGACCUGCCCGACGAGCCCAACAUGGCAUGCGAAUGUGUGGAGGAACACAUCUGAGACCACAGGCGGGCUGACUGUUAGCCCAGAGGCUCACUGCAGUAUGCCGAACAGCUUGUUUGGUUGUUUCCAGCCACCUGGACUCUAAUACAUCUGAGACAU